CGGCGAAGCGCCGCCAAACGGACGCGUAAGGGCGCACGCGACGCUCAAAAAUAAAAAUCUAACCAAUCAAGCCAGUUCUUUUGAGGAAGAUCAAGUCACUGUCAAUUUAGGAUGCCUUUAUGUGGAUGAUGUGUUUUGUUCAAGCGGGAAAAAUCCGAUAAAAAGACGAGAUGGCCGGCUCCCGGGAAAGAUUACUACACGAGAGACGUGAAUACGGCUACGAAUAUGAAUUUAGUAGAAAAUCUGACUGGCAUGAAAGAGACAGACGAUAUGACCACAGAGUCGAAAGAUACGAAAGGCCUAGACGGAAAAACGGUUACGUCUAUGAAGAUAUUUAUUCAGAUUUCGAUGAAGCUCAAGGAAGACUGUCCCUAUUCAGACCAAUAAGACCAGAAUAUUUAAAUCUACCUACAUCUUAUGAUACAAAAUAUAACUCAUUACCAAGAAACUAUUAUAAUUACGACGAUAGAAAUAGUCGCAGAAAGAAAGAUUAUUACGAUUUUAGAAUCGAAAAUGAUAGACGAAGAUCUAGAGAAUCUUAUGAACCUUAUAGGAAAAGAACUCCAGAAGCUAGGCGUAAGGGAGCCGAUAAUUAUGAGAGGAACCCCAAAGCUAUUUUUACUGAAGUAAAAAAUCCUAAUACUCCAAAAAACGUUGCCGUUUGCAAACCAUUACGACUGUCGGAACAAAAUGCUCAAUAUUGGACAACAGAAGCGCCAGCAAAGAAACGUAAAAAACCAGACGAAGUUAAAAAGAAUGUAAAAUUUUCCGAAGUAUCCGAAUGUAACAGAAAAAUUGUUGUAGACGACCCAAUAGUUGGUAGAAAAGUAGUGCCUGUUAGAGAAUUGGAAGUGUCAUUAGAUCAAAUGAUACAGAAUGGUUAUUUUGAGAAACAUAAUAUACCUAUUUCGAGACCAGCUGAAGUGAAUAACAAGGAAGAGAUAGCGAAUGUACCAAAUGGAAAAUGUUUAUCAGGAAUAAACGGAAAGGAAAAAGUGCCUCGGAAAACAAGACACCUACCGCAGGUGCUCGCCGCCCUGGCCGUCUCACUGGCUCCGUUCUCAGCAGGCCUCGGCAAAGGCUACAGCUCUCCGGCUAUAGCCUCUCUACAAGGUCCGGGAGCUAACGCUACUAGGCGUGACUUCCAGCUGACCGACCAACAGGCCUCGUGGCUGGCAUCACUAUCUUUCCUAGGAGCUCUCUUCGGCGGCAUGGCCGGCGGCGCAGCAAUGCGACACGGGCGUCGCCGCGUGCUGUCGCUGGCUGCCGCCCCCUGCAGUCUGUCAUGGUUGCUAACCGUCCUGGCUACGUCUGUGAGGAUGAUGUGUAUAACAGCCUUCCUUGGAGGGUUCUGCUGUUCUAUAUUGACGAUGUUGUCACAGGUCUACAUCAGUGAAAUAUCCGUGCCUGACAUUCGGGGUUGCCUCAGCGCCGUCCUCAAAAUCGUCGGUCAUCUUGGAGUUCUGUUCAGUUUCACCAUCGGCGCUUACCUCGACUGGCAGCAAUUAGCGUUAUGCAUAUCCGCUGCGCCUUUACUUCUCUUCUGCACGGUGCUUUACAUACCAGAAACACCAAGCUACCUCGUUCUAAUCGGAAAAGACGAAGAGGCCUAUAAAAGUCUCCUCUGGUUACGUGGGCCAGAUUCCGAUGUCGCCCAAGAAUUGGCCACAAUAAGAAAUAAUGUUUUGGCCAGUAAAAACUUUAGCCAACGUCAAAGCCAGAUGUCUGGCAGUCAAUUCAUUAAUUCUUUAGAUGUCAGAACUAUGAAUCGUUUGCUUGGUCCUAUUCUUGUGACUUGCGGGUUGAUGAUGUUUCAAAGAUUUUCUGGUGCGCACGCGUUCUCAUUCUAUGCUGUUCCGAUAUUCAGAAAGACUUUCGGUGGUAUGAAUCCACAUGGAGCAGCUAUAGCUGUCUCUUUCGUCCAAUUACUGGCUUCGUGUCUAUCGGGAUUGUUAAUAGAUACCGUUGGACGACUACCUUUAUUGAUAGUCAGUUCUGUGUUGAUGUCAAUGGCUUUAGCUGGUUUUGGUAGCUACGCGUAUUACGAGGAAGUCCAUCGCAACCAAAGGAUUCAGAAUGUGAUGUUCCACCAAACUUUGGGUCAAAACGACUGGAUUCCAUUACUUUGUGUCCUAGUGUUUACUAUUGCUUUCUCUCUCGGCAUGAGUCCAAUAUCUUGGCUUUUGAUUGGGGAAUUAUUUCCAUUAGAGUAUAGGGCAUUUGGAAGUGCAAUGGCUACUGCUUUCAGUUACCUUUGCGCGUUUGUUGGCGUCAAGACAUUUGUGGAUUUUCAGCAGACAUUAGGUCUCCAUGGGGCAUUUUGGUUAUACGCGUCUAUAAGUGUCGGAGGACUGUGUUUUGUAGUUUGUUGUGUGCCGGAGACUAAAGGGAAGGAUUUAGAUGAGAUGGAUCCGAAUUACGUGCAGAAUUUGUCACCAAAGAGGUAAACAGUUGGUUUCACAAGCCCAAAAUCUUCCAACAUAAAUUAUAUACCCUAAACUUUAAGGCUUUAAGGCUUCAGCAAUGAAUAUUAAUUAUAGAAUACAUAAUUGGAUUCGAUUAUAAAUUGUAGUCCAUCAAUUUUCAACUGAAAUAGGAAUAUAUUUACCUGUCAAUAUCCAUAUGAAAGCGGAAAAUAUCUGUUGUUAAAACUAAAAGUAUGUAAAUUCAUGUGCUUUUGUAAUUCCUAUGAUUCGUAUGUUGGAGGAUUUUCUGACAUAUUAAGGUUAGUCGUGACUGGUACGAGAGUCUUACGUGUAGAAGAUGUAUUUGAUAGAAUAAUCGUUUGAUAUCCUAUAGGUGUUGGAAUUAUAAUGAGACAUGCACGUAGGAACAAAAUUAAAUCGAGUCCACCGCAAGAUUUUGGCUGUGCUUAUUAAAUUUUUUAAAUAAUAACAACACCAUGGGGGAAAAUAUUUAGAGUAAUUUUGCUAUGAAAGCAAGAAAGGCACGUACUGCUUGAUAGUUAUCCAUUAUAUUAUUAGAUUCAAGAAGUUCUUUAAUUAAAACUUAAUGGAAAAAAAAUGCAUUUGUAGUAAAAUUAUCAAUAUCUUCUUUUUAUUGCUCAUCGCCUAUUGUGAUUUUUUUUAUUCUCAUGAGUAAAAUAACUCUAAAUAAAAUUCAUGGUGUUCCUCAAACUAGAUUAUAAUUGUAUUUAUACUUGCAUAUCGACAACCAUAUCUUCAUUUAUAUUUUAUUUCUUGGAAUUGUAUAAAAUUCUACCUUUCAAAAAUGCAGAUUUCUUUCAACCAAAUAUUCUCAUGGAGUAUUUCCUACUAUAUAAAUAUCAUCUAAGUAUAUCAUUCCAAGAAUUUUUCUUACAUACUACCUAAGGUAUUACCACAAAAUAUUUUUUUUUGUAAACAUACAAUAGAGUUUUAAAUACAAUUACAUAAUUUGUUUAUAUGUCUUACAAUAUGUUCAGUUUCAUUUGUGUCCCAGUAUUAUGAUAAAUCUAUAAAAAAGAAAGACAUUUUGUGGUAAAACUAUAUUAUUUAAGAGAGCCGUGGUCCAUCAUUUACCUCUUUUUCUUAGAUUUCCUAAUAUUAGAUAAUAAACAUUGUGUUAAAACGCAAAUAUAUCAUUAAAAAAUCGGCAUCUGAAAACUUUAACAAAGAAAAAGGAAAUUGACAAAACACAUUUCUGAUAAUUGACGAAAUCUUUUUGUCAAAAUCUGUAAAAAAAAUAUUUUCGGUCUUCUUUAACAUUCUGUAAUUAAUUGACACGUUUUUUUCCCCGAUUCUGAAGAAAUAUUAACUAAUAAAUGUAAUUUUUUAUCGAUGUGAUAAUAAAACAUGUCUGAAUAUCAUUUUUGUAAUGAUAAAUUUGCGUUUUCACCAAUAAUUCCUUCCCGAAUAGCAGUUAUAUGAUACUUUAUCGAGCUUUCGUACAUAUGACAAUAAAAUAAGACAAUAAUAUACCUAUUAUAAAUAUAAUGUAUAGAUUAGGCAAAUAUUUCUUCUAUUCUAAGAAUCUUUCGCCUGUAAAAUAAAUGGAUUGAUAGACAUAAUUAUAUUUACUGAAUGAUGUCAUUGAGCUAAUUUAUUUCAAUUUACAUAAUAGUUGAUACAUGAUAUAAUUUUCAAUAACCUUAUGAUA